CUUGGAUGUUACAAUCGCUGGGACCGAAAACGAGAUCUCCUAGUGUGAUCCAUCGUCCUAUAUUGGUAUGAGAUGUCCAUUCAAUAAACUUUGAUCAGUAUUUAUAUUAGACCAGAAUGGCGUGGCUGAGAGAUUUGAUGACGAAUGCCGUCAUCUUCAUAUGGAUGAUGGCUCAAUUCUUUUCGCUACUGAAAGAGGGAGACCAUAACUAUAUAAUGUCGGCAACAACGCUCAGGGGAGCUGCCCAUAUUCUUCCUAAUAUACAGCCUUGGACACAGGUCGUGUAUCCAGCUCCUCGAAAUCAUGAGACACUCCGAUAUCUUACCCUUGUUAGCAAUCUCUGCAUUGCCUAUUAUCGCUCAGAACCUGAGUGAGAGUUAUGCUCCAGUAUAUGUCAACUGCCCUCACAACACAACUUUUACCAGACCUGCGUCCGAAGGUCUCAACCCGGAUGAGCAGACAUGGGUCCACAACCGCAAGAGGGUUGUCGCUGGCGCAUUGUCCAAAUACCUGUCCAAUGCCAACAUGUCAGACUUCGAUAUUGACCACUAUAUUUCCAACCUCAACCACUCCUCUCACUAUGAGGCAGUGCCUACAAUUGGGCUGGCUAUCUCUGGCGGCGGCUAUGCAUCCGCCAUUAUGGGUGCAGGAGUCAUUCGGGCUCUAGACGGGCGUGAGAAGACCUCUAAUGCUGCAGGUACAGGCGGCCUGCUACAAGCUCUGACACUCUUGUCCGGUCAGUCUGGCGGUAGUUGGGUGGUAUCUUCAUAUACGGCGGCAGAGUUUCCCAUGUCAGAUGACCUCUUGGACUACUGGCAGCCUCAAAUUGACCGAUUCACCGCCACUACCAAUGGCACGCACGCGGCGACCAUCGAGUCGAUUGUCCUCGAUAUUGCUACCAAGGCGGAAGCUGGGUUCAACGUCAGUGUGGCCGAUCUCCUUGGAAGGAUCAACGGCUACGAGUUUAUCCCAGGACCUAGAGGUGGUCUCAACGUCACGUUGUCAAACAUUAAGAACCUUGAGAAGUUCAGAAACUACGAGAUGCCCCUGCCAAUUAUUCAGAUCGCGGCGGUUACGAAUAAGGAUCCAAAUCAACUCGGCCUCCUGGUACCGACUAAUCGAACUCCAAUUUACGAAAUGACACCGUACGAGUUUGGCUCCUGGGUUGAACCUGCCGACUCCUUUGCCAACAUGGAAUACCUAGGCACCACCAUGAUGAAUGGGAAACCGGCCAACAGCUCGGUCUGUGUCAAGGGGUUCGACCGGCUUAAUUGGGUAAUCGGUGCCUCAGCCGACGCUUAUGAAUACUGGUGGCUUGAAAACCACUCAAACAACACUCUCGGCCAGUUUCCCAAGCGUUCAGAAGUGAAGAGAACACCAGAAGGGACGUACACACUCCGCAAGAGAUUAGAGCCCGUCUUUCCAUCUGAAGAGGUCGAGGGACUCGCCGAGCCCUUUGAAAAAUAUUUCGGACUGGAUCUCAACGGCUACACCUACGCGAGGGUUCCUAAUCCCUUCCGAGGCCGGUCAAACGACCCAUCUGACGACCAACUGAAGCUUGUGGAUGCAACCGAAGUCGCUACUUCUCUCCCACUUGCUGGCCAGCUGGCCCGCAAUGCCUCCUUCAUCAUUGCCUGGGAUGACAACACCGAUGCUUACCCGAACGGCUGGGAGAAUGGAACCAACAUGUACCAAGCGUAUCGAUACUUCGAGGAGCACAACAUUCCCUUCCCCAUUGUGCCCACCGCCGCCACCUUCAUUGCCCGCAACUACACCACCAAGCCAGUCUUUUUCGGCUGUGACGCCCACCUUACCAGCACCAACGACACCCGCGCACCCAUCAUCGCCUGGUUUCCCAACGCACCCUACAGCUCCUAUAGCAACAUCACCUUCUUUCAGAACCAGACCCCGAUCCCCCGUGCCCACGACAUCUGGAACAACACCUUUAACGAAAUCACCCAAGCAGCUGGAGCUCUGGAUCCCGAGUGGUCAGCGUGCCUUGCGUGUGCGGCGAUUGAUCGGAGCCUGGCUAAAGUCUAUCCGCCGAUGCAGCGUACAGCUCAGUGCCAACGGUGUUUCGACCGGUACUGCUGGGACGGUGUCUCAGCACCAGAUUAUCCCGGUCAUGUGGAUGUUGAUCUCAAGUUGGUGCUUAACCCGAACCUGAGUUACGCCGAGUGGAACGCAACCAUUGGAAAGGCGUUACAGAGAGAUCCCUGAGCAUCUCUUCAAGCUGCUUGUUGAAUUCCGCAUAAACCACCUUUAGAACUUCAAUAGCUAGAUGGAGAUAUAUAAUUGCUUGAAAUUCAGGACCCCAGCCCGCCUUGUCC